AUUGCUCCAAGAUGGCCGACUUGGAGUUUGAUGGUUACCCACUUCAUGAAAGUGUAUUUAACGAUGAUAUACGACGGCUUUCACAAUUAUUACGGGUACAUGAUGUAGCACAAAAGGAUGUUCAUGGAAACACACCAUUACAUCUUGCAGUGAUUUUAGGACAUAAAGAAUGCAUACAUCUACUGCUGGCCCAUGGGGCACCUGUACGUGUCAAGAAUGUACAAGGGUGGACUCCAUUAGCUGAAGCCAUAAGUUACGGGGACAGACAAACAAUUGUCAGUUUGUUAAGAAAACUGAAGCAGCAAUCAAAGGAAUCUCUUGAAGAAAGAAGACCUCAACUUAUACAGGCUCUGAAAGAUAUAGGAGACUUUUACCUAGAACUCAAAUGGGACUUUCAUAGUUGGGUGCCACUUGUAUCCAGAAUAUUACCAUCUGAUGUAUGUAAAAUUCACAAAUCUGGAGCAUGUUUAAGAUUAGAUACUACAUUAGUAGAUUUUAAUGGUAUGCAUUGGGAAAGAGGGGACAUAACUUUUGUAUUCAAUGGUGAUAUGCCUCCAGAGAAAUGUCUCACAGUCAUGGAUAAUAAAACUAAAGUUUAUCAAAGAAUUAAAUAUGAGGAAACAGAACAGGAGGUAGAAGAUGAAGUAGAUAUAUUGAUGAGUAGUGAUAUAAUGGCAGCUCAAAUGUCCACUAAAAAUAUCUCCUUCUCUCGUUCUCAAAGUGGAUGGCUUUUCAGGGAAGACAAAACAGAAAUGGUUGGUGAAUUUGAAGCUGAUUUUUUCAAUGUUCAUGGACUUAAUUUAGAAUCAAAGAAAAGGAGAGAGCAUUUAACCCCAGAAGAUAUUCAGAAAAACAAAGCAAUCAUGGAGAGUCUAAGUAAAGGAACCUGGGACAACUGUGAGUUUGACAGGAGGCCAUCACUAGAACCUCCAAUCAAACCAAGUAUAUCAUGGAAUGAUUAUAUAUCAGCCCAACCAGGAAAACAUGUCUGUCUAGGUAGACAGUAUAUAUCUAAAGAAAGCCCAAAGUCUUUCAAAGCUACAGUGGCCGUGAGCAAGAAUUUUCCCAUGAACGUUCAUGCCUUAUUAGAUGUCUUGGAAGUUGUUGCUCCUUUUAAACAGUUCCAAAAGUUACGAGACUUUAUGACAUCAAAAUUACCAGAUGGAUUCCCAGUACAAAUUGAAAUCCCUGUGUUUCCUACAGUGACUGCUACUGUAACGUUCCAGCACUUCUCAUGGCGAGAGAACUUAAAUCCUAACUUAUUUACCAUUCCUUUCCACUACCGAGAAGAUCCAAAAAGAUUCCCAGACUUAUGACUCAUCUGGAAGGACAUUAGUAUCAUCCAUAUCUUAGUCAGUCUUCGUACUCUCCAAGAUGAUAUUGUAGGAAUGGAAAUCCCCUUAACUAAUUUAGGAAACUCUAGUACAGAAAUGACUCUUAUUCUAUAGUCAUGGAAAUCCCCCAUGGCUAAUUUAGGAUACUUCAAACAUUUAAGACUUUUAUCUUCUCAUCAUGGAAAUUUCCUUAAACAAUGCAAUUAACUUAAAAAUAUACACAACAACAAAAAAGUCUCCUUUAUUCAGAUAUUCAUGGAAAUCCCCAUGAUAUAUUUAGAAAACUUCAAGUAAAAAGGCAAUAUUAUAUUCUUUUUGUGAAAGAAAUUUCCUAAAUAAAGUUAGACAAGUUCAGCAUAGACAUUUAUCCUCUAGUCAUAUUAAACCGAUUUUAGUGAUUAAACAGAUUUGUGAUUCUUGACAAUCUGAUAUUUAUGUUAUGCAACAUUUGGCAGGUUGAACUAUUUAAUGUAUAUAUAUGAUAAUGGUUAUAUAUGUGUUGUUAGAAUCUGAAGUUUAACAGUUGGUCCAUUAUUAAUGGAAGAAUAUUAUAAAGUUUUAGAUCUGAGAAAAUAUUUCUGUUAAGGUGUUUAGUAUUAAAUUGAAAAUAUGAAUUGCAAAUGUUUUGUGUAGAGUUUAUCAUUCUGUAGAGGAAACAUAUAAAUAGAUAUAUUUUGGAUUUAUAAGCUAAGACUAUUUCCCCAAAUUAAUACAAUAGAACUAUAUUUGUUAUAUGUUGAAAUGAACUUGAUUUUAAUUCAGUUGUUAUUUGUAAACAUUGAAAAUGUCCAUUACAACCAUACAUUGUUUUAAAGAGUUAUAAGCAUGAUUACCAGACUAGUUGUCAAUACAUACUACAGAACACAGAUUUUCACAUUUGUUUGUCUAUACUUGUACCAAAGAACACAGAUUUUCAAAUUUAUUUAUGCAUACCACAGAAUACUGAAUUUCAAAUGUAUUCAGAUAUCCACAAUUCAUAGACUUUUAAAUGUAAACAUCACCUAGAACACAGAUUUUCAUUAGCAUUUAUGAUACUAUUGUAUGGUAAUAAUUAUUUGUCAACUAAAAAAUUCAAUGAUCUUUUUGUAAUUAUAUUCAAUGUUUGAAUCAGGAUAUUUUUUCUUUUAAGAAAAGCCUGUUAGUUUGUUUUAUUCACAUAAACAUUUUUACCAAACACAAUGUCUAUAUUGUGGUGAAUUUGUAAACAUGUUUGAGUAGCAGAAGAGGUGUACUCUUUAAAAAGUUCUCUACCGAACUAAAUGGAAAUAUAUUGUAUGGUUGUUUUCAUUACUUAUGUUUUUGCUCAAUUGAAGUCCUCAUUAAUGUAGUGCUUCAGACACCACUAAUCAGAAUUAUACCUAUUAAUUAAUUGAAUCCAAAAAAUGAAGUAAUGAAAUAACUCCCACUAAGGUUUAUGAAAUUGUAUUGAGUAAUAACAAUUAGGUAUUAUACUGGAAAAACCCCUUCAUAAUUGAUUGUUUUUGUGUAGGCAGAACUCUCAGAAUUAAAAAUUAUUUCCAGAGUUAUAUGGUAUCUGCAUUAACAAGUACAAGUUAAUUUUGUUGUUGUUAUAAUUAUGUUACAUAUUCUAAUGUGAGAAUAUAUUUGAGGGAAUUAUUUAAUACCAAUAGCAACAUUCAAAUGUUUUCAUUAAUUUGAUUUUAUCAAACUUUUAUUUAAGUGCUUUUUAAACUUUUGUUACAUUGUGAUACUUUUAUAUUUGUUUUUCUUCCAUACAUAACCAUGUUCUAUUGUAUUUUUGCUGGCUGUUAUUUGUACUAUUUCAAUACAUCAUUUCCUGUGAAUGAUUAUAAUGGCUCAACAAACCAUACGUUGGUCUUCAUGCCAGUUAUGUUCCAGUAUACAAACUAUCCUUGUAGUGGAUAUUUUCUUGCAUUUUACUGGUUCGUGAAAUUGGCUAAAAACCUUCAACCCCUUCCUGAAAUGGAAGCAUUUUAAUUAUCAGGGUAAUAUGUUAUAUAUUGGGUUAAUUGUAGAUGUUGAUUGGUUGUUGAUGUUGUCUUUAUUAUUUGAUGCAUAUUUCAUCCCAUUUGAAAGAAUUAAAAGAGUAUUUUUUUAACAGAAUUUUAGUCGCCUAUUUCAUUUGAAUAACAACGAAAUUUUAUCAGGACUUCAUAAAAUUUGGAUAACGAUUUCUUACCUUGGUUCAUCUGUUCAACUUUAACAUCUUGUCAGCAGGGAAUCAAUAUGUAUAAUUUCUUAGUUAAGCAGUGAAAAAGCUUCACGAAAAUGUUGAUACAAAAAAUAAAAAGUUCUCAAUAUUAUAACGUCUUUAAUGUUGUUCUACGUAACAUACUAUUUAUAUAAAGGAAGUAAACAUUAACUAAGGAAGACCAAUGGAAUUUGAUAUAUAUAUAUAACCAUCUUUGUUUAUAGAUUAUUUCCUUUUUAAUUCAUAUUUAAGGCACUGUGUAAACUUUCACAACAUAUUAUUGUAUUAAAAAUUAACUUUAUUAUGUGAUAUUUAUUUGUUUGUUUUAUUAUUAAUGUGGAAAAAGUAUUUUUUCUGUGAUUAAGUAGAGUAGAAAUUAUUAAAUGCUUGUUUACCAGAAAAGAUGUGGGUAUGCUUGUAAGGUUUAACAUUUUUUCUGUAAAAUUCUGUCAAUGUUUGGCAUCAUUGCCAUUCAAGGAACAAGGUCAGUCUAAAAGUGCUGUUAAAACUAAGCAUUGAAUCAAAAAACUGUUUUAUAAGUUUUAGUUUUCUCUGGAUAAGUCUCAAUGAUAUAAAAACUAGAAACCUGGUAAAUUAAUGCCUUUGAGAUGAAAUGUAAAUAUACAUUAGAUGACAUUUGUUUUAGAUGUAGAUUAUUGGACAUUUAGGUCUUCAUUCUUAGAAAUAUAUUCUUGCAAUUUUUGGGAUAUGAAUAAAAUGGUGUUACCCAUCUAUCAUUUACUGAAAUUUAUGUUUCAAACAGAACAUAUCAUUUGAUUUUUCACUCCAUUUUAGAUUACUUGUAAUUCAUUUAUCUAUGGACCACUAUUUUAUCAUUUUAAUCAUUUUGUAACAUCUUGGAUUGACAUGCUACUUAGUUCUUGGUGACAUACUAGUUGUGUUGCGAUCAUCACAAUACUAAACCAAAAAUUGUCAUCAGGCCAUCAAUUUUUUUUCCAUUUUAGAAUCUCACAGCCUUUUAUAGCAACUAUAUUGUAUGAAUUUUCCUCAUUGAAGGCCCAAGGGCAGAUCCAGACAUAUUUUUUUUGUAAAGGGGGGUUCUAACUAUAUCGCCACAUUCAAAUGCAUUGAUAGUCAUAAUAAAAUAAAAGGGGAGGUUCAAACUCAGGGACCCCCCACUGGAUCUGACAUGGAGGCCAAGCAGUUACCUGUCAGCAUUAUCAUCCUGAACUUUAAUCUUAUGUUUCAUUGGAAAUCCAAAGGUUGUAUAAGAUUUGUUUCUGAUAUAAUUUUAAUGGUAUCAGCAUUGUCAUUAUCUAUCACUCAGUAUCAGUGUGUUGACAUUAUGUCCUUUUUUUUCUGGAAUGUGAAUGAAAUAUUUUCACCUUGGAAAAAAAGAUAAUCAAUAACUAAAUUUUAUUUUGGUUCACCAGUAUUUAUGUAAUUUAGACACAUUAUAUUCAGAGGGUCCAAUUUUCAUCAAACUUAAUAGUAAAUUAUUUUGUAAUUGUUAGUGUUUGAAUCUUAAUUAGAUCAAGGUCAAGGAUAGGGUCACGACUCAAGACAUAAAUUUAAUUUAAGAUUUUAGGCACUGUCCAGUCUCAACCUUGCAGCCAAUCUUCAUCAAAGAUCAUCCAAUACUUUCAGUCUUUUAGGCACAUCCUUAGUCAGGGGAACUAGAUUAUGACAGUGUGAAGUCUUAUAACAAGGUCAAAGAUGAAGGUUUCAUUAUAGAAAAACUAAUAAAUAUUUUCAGUAGAAUUGUGGAAAGCUAUUCCACAUUUAUUAAAUAUGGUGCCAUCUUAUUUUGUUUUGUUCUAUUUUGUUUUAUGGGAUUUUCAGCAAAAAAAAUGUUAUUAAACUGCCACGUGUAUUUCAAGUGAUUGAAUAUUUGAAAGAUUUGUAGUGUAAUUAUGAAACUACUGUAAAUUCAGAAAUUAUUGUGUGCAUUAUUAUUAGUUAUUGCGAUUUGGUCAUUUUGGACUUGAAUACUUUUUUUAAUUUUUGCGAUAUUGAGAAAAUUCUGUUUAGGCCUUUAAAAAAAUUCAAAUAGCAAGUUUAAAUUUUUGCGAUUAUAUUUAACCCUGUUUCAUUUUUCCAAAUGAUAAAAACAUCACAUUAAUUUCUGAAUUUAAAGUACUCUUAUGAGGCCUUAGUACCUUGAAAGAUCCAAUACAUCAAAACUAUGCUUAUCCUAUAUAUUGACUUGUUGUAUUCAAUCAUUUAGUGACAAAUUAUUUCCCAGAAUUCCUCUAUGUAAAUAACAUUUGUUCUCGUUCUAUUAUGUGAUGUAUUAUCAUUUCUUUACAGAUUUAACAAAGAAACUGUUCAAAGUUUGUCAAUUUAAACCUCAGAAAUUGUUAUAUGCAAAAAUGUCUCUUUUCACUGUUGUAGUUCUCUUCAUGUUUAUUAUUAUGUAUUCUGAACCAAUAUAUUUUUCAUUUAA